AUGCUACGACAUCUCGUACGACACAUCAAUCAAUACAGCAAGAUGUUCGUUGGUGGUCUUAGCUGGGACACCACAGACGCAGAGGGUUUGCGAAAGUACUUCUCGGAGUUCGGAGAGGUCGAGGACUGCACGAUUCUGCGUGACCAGGACGGCCGCUCGCGCGGGUUCGCGUUCCUCACGUUCAAAGAGCCCGCGUCGGUGAACGCGGUGAUGUGCCGCGAGCAUGUUCUGGAUGGCAAGACUAUCGACCCGAAACGGGCAAUCCCUCGCGAGGAGCAUCUCCGAAACACCCGCUACUUCGUGGGAGGCCUCUCACAUUCGACGACGUCCGAGUCUAUGCGGACCUUCUUCUCUCAGUACGGAAAGGUCGUUGACUGCACCGUCAUGGUUGACCGGGAGACCGGUCGCUCGAAGGGGUUCGGCUUCGUCACGUUCGAAGACGCGAGCAAUACCGAGCAGCUGGUAGGGCAGCCCAACCUAUUCUUGGACGAGAAGCAGGUACGUACCGCCCCUGAGAUGCCGUGUUCCUCGCACUCACGACUGCCCAGAUCGAAGUCAAAGUCGCCCAGCCUCGCAGCCAGCGAGACGCCGCUCGCAGCACGGGUCGCGGAAGCCGCGAGGGCAACCACUCCGGCGGCGACGUGCCCGUAG